CCCCGAUAGCAGCUGACUUAUCAGCUGUUCCCUUGAACCAACCCGUAGUUGGGCACACACUCACGUAGCUCUGAAAUCUGAAAUCAGAAAACCUCUGUAAAAAUUCCCUUAAACAUAAUUAGACUGAAAACAAUCAAGUAAACAAAAGUAAGAUGAGCCCAAUCAGCGCGGAAGACAAACUGAACUAUGUGAAGUCAAAGAUUGGAGAGUAUCCCAACUUUCCGAAGGAGGGCAUUCUAUUCCGUGACAUUUUUGGAGCCCUCACCGAUGCCAAGGCAUGUGUUUAUCUGAGGGAUCUGCUGGUGGAUCACAUCCGGGAAAGUGCUUCCGAUGCGGAGAUCAUCGUGGGACUGGAUUCCCGUGGCUUUCUCUUCAAUCUCCUCAUAGCCACUGAAUUGGGAAUAGGAUGUGCCCCGAUUCGCAAGAAAGGCAAGCUGGCCGGUGAAGUAGUUUCUGUGGAAUACAAACUGGAAUAUGGUAGUGACACCUUUGAACUCCAACGUUCCGCCAUCCAGCCUGGUCAGAAAGUCGUAAUCGUAGAUGAUCUACUAGCCACAGGUGGUUCUUUAAAGGCUGCCUCCGAGUUAAUUCGCAAAGUGGGUGGCGUUGUCGUGGAAAGCCUGGUGGUUAUGGAACUAGUUGGCCUGGAGGGUCGCAAUAAGCUAGAUGGAAAGGUACAUUCCCUCAUCAAGUACUGAAAGGAAAUCAAAUAGUGACGAGACGAAGUCCUUCCUCAUUUGCAUUUACAUAAUACCCCUUAAAGGGGCUUUUCAACUAGCAAAUUUUUAUAACAGCUUUGAAAUGUUAACAUUUUAUAAAACAGAGGCGUAUUUUUAUAAUGGAAUAUAUUUAAAAUUAAUCUAUUAAUGAAACUUGUAAAUUAGCUCAUAACUGAUAAGAUGGAUUGAGUAGAGCAGUGAAACAUGUGAACAUGGUUUUUAAAACAAAGCCAACUUAAACUGAAAUAAACAGAAAUGUGGACUUAUUUUUAAAUUGAAAACAAUUAUACAUUUGAUGCUAUUUUUGGAUAGUUUUCCGAUCAUAAAUUAAUGCUAUUUUA